AUCCUCUAUACAUUUAGCCUAUUACAAAAACACACCAGAUUUAUGUCAAAUCUUCCACCACCUGAUCAAACAGUAGAUGGCAGCAGAGAGCUAGUGUGAGCCAAAGGCACGUGCUCUAAGACCAAUUUAUGCAAAUGAGAUGCUUAUAAAACGGUAAUUGCACCGUUGAAUUAUGAAUCACGAUGCGUCCCGUGCAUUGUAAUUCAGCAAACACAUUGAUAUAAACGUCCCUUUAAAUCAGCGCUUGAAUCCGCACAUAUGGCGCGUGUUGUGCAGCAUUUUGCAUACAUGGCUCUUCCCUGUACAGUAAGCAGCGCAUCCAUCGCACCACCUCCGCUGCCAUUUAUGUGGGAAACCAGAAGGGAGCCGGAAGGUGUGAGGGAUGCACGUCUUCUCUCACUUCUUAAAACAGUGCCUCUGAUUGUGGAGCGUUAAUUGCAUCCGGUUUUCCGCGCCUCCGGCUGGUGAACUUACACACGCUCCUCCUUCCAUUAUGUGAUGCGGAGAGAGAAACUUUCACGCGUGGAUCAGAAUUCGGCGUUUGGAAAGAGCAGGUGGAGGCUUGGAGGGGGGAAGAUGACCCCGAACUGGAAUUGAUUCAGAUAGUUACUGUUUUUUUUUUUUUUGUUGUUGUUUGUUUUCCUGCUGCACAUGGAGGAGAAGAUACACCUUGUUUACAUCCUGGUCUGACUCACUGCCUGGCGCUGCAGAGGAGCCUCUUUCACGUUGACCUGUAGAUCCCCAUAAAUUCCCACCCUAUGAAUUUCGACCAGAUCCUCGCUGCCAUCGGCGGCUUUGGCAAAUAUCAGAAGAUCCUGUACAUCUGGAUUUGUUUGCCUCAGAUCCUUCUCGCCUUCCACAUGAUGGUGAGCAUCUUCACCGGGGCCACGCCGCGCUACGGCUGCCGGGAGAACUCCAGCUCGGGAGCGGGGAACCAGACGACGCUCCGCGCAGAGAACGCCAGCCUCUCGGAGUCCUCCUGCUUCUCCUCGGAGGCGAUGCUGCGACUGCAGGGCAACCGGACGGAGCGCGUCCCGUGCGCCCGCGGCUGGGUCUACAGCACGGAGGUUUUCCAAAGCACCACUGUCACCGAGUGGGACCUGGUGUGCAGCAAAGCUGGACUGAACAGCCUCGGAUCGUCCAUCUACAUGUUCGGCCUGUUGGUGGGAUCUGUGUUGUUCGGAGCCAUGGCUGAUAGGUACGGCCGACGUUUGGUCCUGCUGUUGUCCAUCGCGCUGCAGACUGUGUUUGGAGUCGCUGUAGCUUUUGCGCCCAACUUUCCAGUCUACGUGAUUCUUCGCUUCGCAGUUGGGACCACCAUAUCUGGAGUCAUUAUCAACGCUUUUGUUCUUGGUACUGAGUGGACGUGUACAAAGAGACGCAUGCUGGCAGGCAUCAUCACGGACUACACCUUCGGACUGGGAUACAUGCUGCUUGCAGGGGUGGCCUACCUGAUACGAGACUGGAGAAAACUGCAGCUCGCUAUAUCAGCCCCAGGCUUCCUGCUUAUCUUCUACAUACGGGUUCUGCCCCAGUCUGCCCGGUGGCUACUGGCCAACGACAGGAGAGAGGAAGCCAUUGCACUCCUCCGCAAAGCAGCGUUAGUUAAUGGCCGGGUCUUACCUCCCGCUAUCCAGGCUGAAAAGUGGGAGUUUUUAGGCGGCUCAAUGCGAAGUCACUCAGCUAUGGAUCUAAUCCGGACACCACAGAUGAGAAAGAGAACCAUCAUUUUGUUCUACAUCUGGUUUGUGAACGUGCUAGUGUACUAUGGGCUGUCUCUGGGUGUGUCUCGUUUGGGGACAGACCUCUACCUGACCCAAUUUGUGUUUGGGUUGGUUGAGAUCCCAGCUCGUUCUCUGGUCCUGGUCGUCCUGCCUUUCAGCCGACGAUUCUCCCAGAGUGGCUUCCUGGCGAUUGGGGGUCUUGCCUGCUUGCUGAUGCUCGCUGUCCCUGCAGAUCAUCCCAAUGUCCUGACUGGGCUUGCCAUGGUUGGGAAGUUUGGUAUUACAGCCUCAUUUGCUGUCAUCUAUGUGUACACUGCUGAGAUUUUCCCUACUGUGCUAAGGCAAACAGGAAUAGGCGUGUCCAGCAUGUUUGCGAGGAUGGGGGGCGUAUUGGCACCCAUUAUAAAUAUGCUGCACAACCACAACCCCGUCACGCCGCUUAUCAUCUUCGGCACGUCCCCGCUUCUGGGAGCAAUUCUCGCCUUGGCACUGCCUGAAACUGCUGACCGACCUCUGCCAGACACGCUGGAGGACGUAGAGAACUGGGACAUCAGAAUGGCUCCCAUUUUGGAAAUCCUAGAGCCACACAAAGACUUCGAUCCAGCAGAGAGCAGCUGCAAGAUCUAGCGAGCCAGAACUCCAGUGUGUGUAACAGAGACAAGCCGAUUCUGUCAAGCAAACGUUGCAGUGCCUCAAAGCUCCGGUAUCUAACACACUCAAUCAUCUUCUAUGCAACUGCAAGUCUUGAUGUGAUUAUGAGCUCUAUCCAAGAAAGCCAGUCAUGUUCCACGCACCAAAUCAGCACAAGGUGUUCACACAAACACACACAAAGAAGGCAUUCAGCGCUCCUGCCAAGGCCAAUGAAAACCUCACUGUUUAAGCAGACGCAGGUGAGAACCUACAGUCAGGAAUAGUUGCAGUUUAGACUUCCGUAUAUCCGUCGUCCAGUUUGUACCUUUAACCCAGUUUCACAAAGCGAAUUCAUUUAGAGCGCCCUAUAGAUGCAAGUAAGUAGGAAAUAACUCACCUUAGGAGUUUGCAGACAAUUUUUGCAUAUUUGUAUACCUUUAUAAAUGUCUAUUUAAAACUGCCAGUCCAACACUAAUGCAGCUUACAGGCCUGAAAAACUCUGUAGAGUCUCAUGGUUAAGCAGAAGUACCUUUCAGCUCUAGGGUUUUAUGUAUAAGGAUAUCGAGUUAAGCGGUUCAGCAAUUUGCAAAGUACAACCUCAGAUGAACAACAUUUUUAACAGUUGUCAUUACUUAUUUAUAUGCUUUACACUUAUAAUAUUCCAGCACUUCUGAUUCUACGAAGAUUUCUUUUCUUCAAUGGAUCAAUUUACUUCAGUUCACUGAAGAUUGCAGACAUCCAUUUUGUGAACAUU